UUGCUUAUAAACGCUUCAAAAAUUAAUAUUCACUUUCUUCUGCCCGAUAUUUGAGGACGCGUGCAGGACACUGAGCACUGGCUUUUUCUUAAUUUUAAUCAAUGUCUCAUAAUCUGUUUCAGUACGAAUCCAUUCGUCAGAUGUCAGAAAGUUAGAAAAAGUGGUGAUUCUUACAAACAUGUCUGUAGCGCCCGGAGUUUUGUGUUCAAUUUGUAUGGAAUGCUUCAAUAAGGAUGACUGUGUAGACAGUACAAGCUGCGGGCAUAUAUACCAUAGUACAUGCAUUCAGAAUUGCCUCACUAGAUCGAAGCAAUGCCCGAAAUGCCAUGCGAAAUGCCGAGGCACUUACAAAUUGGUCCUUGAUUUCGAUGAUAGUGGAGAUAAGGCAUCAAAGCAGCUCGAAGAGAAUUUUCUCGUUCUACAAAAAGAUUACCCGGAAGUCGAAAUCAAUAAACAGCUUAAGGAAGAACAUCGGUACUUAUCUCUGCAAGUCAACGCAAGGAAUAAGGAAAUUUCGUUGCUUCAAGAAAAAAUAAAAAGGAUGGAAGCCCAAACUCCAAAACAGAAACGGACACGGAAGCGAAACUCACGCACUUCCUUCUAAAAAGCCAGCGAAGUUAAAUAAACCAAACAAACAAGACAUACUUGACCACUUGAUGUAAAUGCAACAAUGAUGAAAAUUAUAAACGGAAGCUAAGCUGGAGAUAUGUAUAAAAAUCAAUUAUUAUAACUGAGAGCUGCUAUGGGGUAUUGGGAUGUUGUGGUAUGUUGGAAACUAGAGGAUCUAA